CGCUGAGGGGGAGGGGCGGGCCAGGGGUGGGGGCGGAGGGGUUGUGGUUCCACUGCAGCGGGGGCUCCUGUGUCCUUGUGCGGAAAUGACACACGGAGUCCCGUCACGUCACGCGAGAGCGCAGCGCACGGACACACACAAAGAGAGGGGAAAAUACACGGCGCCCUCCCGCCGCCCCCAGCAACUCCCCGGGCCGCCCCGGCCAGGCCCUCCGCGCGCGGCCCCCACUCUCCGGUCCCGCGCUCCCCCACCCCCCCCACGUGGCGCCCAAACUCGGCGCGGGCCCGCUCUGCAAAGUACAGAACUCGCGUCCCAGUGGAAUAGAAGAUGAACUCAGCUGAAUUCAGUGAAGAUGUAGAAGAAGUUCUAAAAAAUAACACAGUGAAAGUGGAGACAGAGGCCGAAGAUGCUGCCCUGGACUGCUCAGUGAGUUCCAGGUCUUCCGAGAAGCACCCUCUGGACAGCGUCUUCACGGCCCUCCAGGAUUCCAGCAAGCGAAAGCCGCCGGGCUGCGAUGGCCAGCCUGACUCUGUCCCCAGCGUGAAGAGGCGGCGGCUGAUUCCCGAGGCACUCCUGGCAGGCAUGCGGAACCGGGAGAACUGCUCCCCCUGCCAGGGCAACGGAGAGCAGGCCAGCAGGGGCAAGAACUUGGGCUCCGUGUGGCCCGGUGAGGAGGAGCCCUGCGGUGAGGUGACCACGCCCUCCUACAAGAAGCCUCUGUAUGGCAUCUCGCACAAGAUCAUGGAAAAGAAGAACCCUCCCACCGGGGACAUGCUCAACACAUACGAGCUCUUCGAGAAGGCGAACUCCAGCAACAGCCCCUCACCGCUGCGGCUCCUGAACGAGCCGCAGAAGCGGGACUGCGGCAGCGCCGCAGUGGCCGCCGACGGCGACCCCAACAUCUACUUUCUGAUCCAGAAGAUGUUCUACAUGCUCAACACGCUGUCCUCCAACAUGUCCCAGCUGCACAGCAAGGUGGACCUGCUUUCCCUGGAAGUGAGCCGCAUCAAGAAGCAGGUGAGCCCGACGGAGAUGGUGGCCAAGUUCCAGCCGCCCCCGGAGUACCAGCUCACCGCGGCCGAGCUCAAGCAGAUCGUGGACCAGAGCCUGUCGGGCGGUGACCUGGCCUGCCGCCUGCUGGUGCAGCUCUUCCCCGAGCUGUUCAGCGAUGUGGACUUCUCCCGCGGCUGCAGUGCCUGCGGCUUCGCAGCCAAGCGGAAGCUGGAGUCGCUGCACCUACAGCUCAUCCGCAACUACGUGGAGGUCUACUACCCUUCGGUGAAGGACACGGCCGUGUGGCAGGCGGAGUGUCUGCCCCAGCUGAACGACUUCUUCAGCCGCUUCUGGGCCCAGCGGGAAAUGGAGGACAGCCAGCCUGGCGGCCAGGUCCCCAGCUUCUUUGAGGCCGAGCAGGUGGACGCCGGCCACUUCCUGGACAGCAAGGACCAGGAGGAGGCCCUGUCCCUGGACCGGAGCAGCACCAUUGCCUCAGACCACGUGGUGGACACGCAGGACCUCACCGAGUUCCUGGACGAGGCCUCGUCCCCCGGCGAGUUCGCAGUCUUCCUUCUCCACCGGCUCUUCCCGGAGCUCUUCGACCACCGGAAGCUGGGCGAGCAGUACAGCUGCUACGGGGACGGCGGCAAGCAGGAGCUGGACCCGCAGAGGCUGCAGAUCAUCCGCAACUACACGGAGAUCUACUUCCCCGACAUGCAGGAGGAGGAGGCCUGGCUGCAGCAGUGCGCCCAGCGCCUCAACGACGAGCUCGAGGGCCUGGCGCUGGACGGGGGCAGCGAGGGCGAGCCGGCUCGGGACGACUGCUACGACUCCUCCAGCCUGCCCGACGACAUCUCCGUGGUCAAGGUGGAGGACAGCUUCGAGGGCGAGCGGCCCGGCCGGCGGUCCAAGAAGAUCUGGCUGGUGCCCAUCGACUUCGACAAGUUGGAGAUCCCGCAGCCCGACUUCGAGGUGCCCGGCGCCGACUGCCUGCUCAGCAAGGAGCAGCUGCGCAGCAUCUACGAGAGCAGCCUGUCCAUCGGCAACUUCGCCUCGCGCCUGCUGGUGCACCUCUUCCCCGAGCUCUUCACGCACGAGAACCUGCGCAAGCAGUACAACUGCAGCGGCUCCCUGGGCAAGAAGCAGCUGGACCCGUCGCGCAUCAAGCUCAUCCGCCACUAUGUGCAGCUGCUCUACCCCCGCGCCAAGAACGACCGCGUGUGGACGCUGGAGUUCGUGGGCAAGCUGGACGAACGCUGCCGGCGCCGGGACACCGAGCAGCGGCGCUCCUACCAGCAGCAGCGCAAGGUGCACGUGCCGGGCCCCGAGUGCAGGGACCUGGCGAGCUAUGCAAUCAACCCCGAGAGGUUCCGGGAGGAGUUUGAGGGGCCCCCUCUGCCCCCCGAAAGAAGCAGCAAGGACUUCUGCAAGAUCCCCCUGGACGAGCUGGUGGUCCCCUCGCCUGACUUCCCGGUGCCUUCACCAUACCUGCUGUCGGACAAGGAGGUGCGUGAGAUCGUGCAGCAGAGCCUCUCCGUGGGCAACUUCGCGGCCCGCCUCCUGGUCAGGCUCUUUCCGGAACUCUUCACCGCCGAGAACCUCCGGCUGCAGUACAACCACUCCGGCGCCUGCAACAAGAAGCAGCUGGACCCGACGCGGCUGCGGCUCAUCCGGCAUUACGUGGAGGCCGUCUACCCGGUGGAGAAGAUGGAGGAGGUGUGGCACUACGAGUGUAUCCCCAGCAUCGACGAACGGUGCCGCCGCCCCAACAGGAAAAAGUGCGACAUCCUGAAGAAAGCCAAGAAAGUGGAGAAGUGACGGGCGCCCCCGGGGGACUGGGCGCUCUUUUGGAGCACGUGAAUGGUAUCCACAGACACGCACCUUAUGUCAGUGGGGAGUGGCUCACUACAUUUGCACACGUAAACACCACCCAACCCCAGGAAAGAAGCCUUGCGUUUGGUCUCUCCUGCUCACGACUUUUGUCCUGUGCCCUAGGGGUGCCCCCAGAGGUGGGGAGAGCUGAGCCGUGAGGUAGAGAGGCCUCAGGAGUAGGGCAUCCUCUCCUGGGCUGUGUUCCCCCCUUGCAAUUUCACAUGCAUAUUCAGCAACUCUCUUAGUCCUCUUCCCACAUUUUACACCUUCCAUUUUUAUCAAAAAAAAUUUUAAUUAAAAAGAAACCCUUUUUAAAAAAAAUCAUUGGGCUCUUUGGGGGCCGUUUUACUUAGAAAAAAAUAUCUUUUAAAUAUUUGAGAUGAAGUACUGUAAGAUGACUUCAGUUGCUGGGAUUUUUUUUUUAAGGUGGUUUCAGAUUUAUGAAAUUUUUAGUAGUGCCAUGCUCAUGCAUGCUGGCUAAUAAUAGCUUCAGGUGGCACAGAGACCAAUUUUCCUGACCUUGUCUUUUACAUCUGAUUUUAGAAGGAUCAAGAUGCCCCCUGGAUGGCAGUAGAGGGGAUGGAAUAGUGUGAUGUCCUUUCCCACCGCGGUCGCACAGAAUGCUCCCUUCCACUGUGGUGCUGAGGAAGGGGCCUCGCGCGACCUGGCCUAUUUGUAGUUACCAUGUCGGUAGAAUGUUGUGCUCACUCUGUAGACGAGAACACUGGAUGAUGAUGAUGAUGAUGAUGAUGAUGAUGAUGAUGAUAUGAAUGUAGAUAGACGUGGAAACACGUACACAAUGUCAUUUGAGCUGUGUCCUUCCACUGCCCCCCUUCCCUCUCUACACAAGGAUGCUGUUUGGAGGGGCAGACACAUUUCCUUGGAAAACGGUCUGUGUGGGUGUCUAGCUUCUUGUCUGAUUUAAGGACGGGCCCCUUUGGGCUCACCGAAGCUGUUUACUUUCUGUGUGCGUAUCUGUACGACACCCAGGUUCUGGGAGCUGUCUGGUGGCUUCACCACACCUCAGUGUGAGCCCCUCCCGUCGGUAGCACAUCCUUGUUCCUCAGGGCAAGCCCAGGCCUCAGGCCCUCUUGGGGAUAUUUGGCAUUGGAAGGUCACAGGUCAUUCAAAUGGGGCUCCCCUGUCCCUGGCCAGGGUCCACUCAGUCGUCCCCUCAGACCCCCUAGAGGCUCUGCUGCCUGCAUCUGGCCAGUCCCUUGGCCUCGGAGUAAGACGUCUCUUCUCUCCUCACUGGUUGGGAAGGUCAGACUACUCCCGGCCAGUGGCAGACUCUCCAGGACUUCCAAUCGGGAAAGUCCCCAGCAGGUAAAGUCCUGAAAAACAAUACUUUUACUACCUGACUUUGGGGUCCGAAUCCCUACGUGGGAAAGGAGACAGUGUAACCCAAGCUGAAUACAUCCUACCAGGAACUUGGAAAAUGAACUGAAUCACACAGGGUAGUUAAAAACCUUUGUGGAAUGUUGCAGAUUUAAUAACCUAGUGGCUUAAUGUUUUGCUACCUAAAAAUGCAGAAAUAAUAGAAACAAUCUGUGAAUUUUCCUUAUACAACUGAUAAGGACUUCAGUUCCGGUGGCUAUAUGACAUAAUUUUGCCUGCAGCCAGAGGGCUUUUUUUUUUUUUAUGACAAGAUUUUGCGCAAUGUAAAGUUGCCGACCUAAUUUUAGUAAAUUUGCUUUUAAGUGUCAUUUACAGAUUAUUUCUGUUGAAACUGCAGCCCUAAAUUAUUGCAAUUUAGAAAUGCACAGGGACUUAAUGACUCUCUCACCUACACCCACACCCACCCACACGUGCACAUACAUUUUCUUCUUACGAAAAAAUUUAAGUGGGAUGAAGGGGGCCUAUAGGAAUAACAAGCUCAGCCUCUUUGUGCCUGGAAAGAAGGGACUAGAGCAGCAGGAAACUCACUUUUUCCUCCUUACUUGGGCCUUUCUCUAUGCCUUAGUCUCUCCAACACACGCAUGCGCGUGUGCAUGCGCACACGCCCUACCCAAAGAUGGCGGCGGCACUCUCGCCCGCCAGCCCUGUUGGUUGGAGAGUGCCGUGGAAUUUGUUCUGGUCUCUAGGAUGUGUCCAAGAGGAUUCCAAGCCAUGCGAAAAUUGCCCUGCUUUCUAGAGGGUGGACUCUGACCCUGCGACUUCAGAAGCACAAUCAUUUAUUAAUAAUGAAAAGCCCUCCCUACCCUCGUUAGAGAAACCAACAGGUUCUAGGAAUGAAAUGUGUUUCUUCACAACCUAGAGCAUGUUCAGUCUUUGGAAACUAUAUUUUGGUGGUUUCCUUACUACCUUUUCUGUGUAGGGCUUCUCCUCCCCACCCCACGCCCGCCCCAAAUCCUAGAGUCCCUUUUAGAGAAGAGAGGUGGGCACACUCUGGAAAGUUGUGUCCUGUCCCUCUGGACUGUCUCACCAGGAAACACCUGCAGGUGUCUGUCUGUAUGGUGUCCUCAGUUCUCCAGCCAUACAGGUGGGCUCCAGGCUCCAGGGCAGUUUUUUUACAUGAAGCAAUAGAAGUACAAAAUACUUUUUUCAAAAUUUAAUGUUUUCCAUAAAAUGUGUUGGUAAACCCCUUCCCCCAAUCCAUCUAAAUUUUUUGGUUUUUACUUGUUUGUUUGGGGUUAUUUUUUUCCCUUGUAUCUGGAGAACUAAAGAAUUAGCACAGACACAUUCUGAUGUUAAGUAAAAUAGCCAGUCACAAUAGGUGGUAGCGUCCCUCGUUUUCUCUGUUAGUAAGUUUUAAAAGAAUGUAUGAAGGUAGUCAUGAAUGUACUAAGUGUUCUAAUCCUGCUUCAGUUCACUUUGGCUGUGUCUACAUGACAACAAAUGUUUGACAGGGAAUAAAGUUGUCUAGUGUCAUGGGCAAUAGUGUGCCCCUCCCCCCUUCUGUGUUGGCCCCGAAUCUUCCUUUCUUCUUAAGUUUGGAUGGAGGGGGCGCCCCCUCAGCAGCAAUCAUCAACCAACCAAUGGGAUCUACGUAGCGGUGAAAGGAUUAGCUGUUUCAAUGGUAAGAGUCACUGGCCUGACCACACCGUAACAUGGCCACUUAGGUUCCUGUAGAGAUAGCCUCAGUUUCCCCCUUCCCCUCCCCCAAAUGUUUGCUUCUUGUCUAAUUGGGAUGGGGUCCUGAGACCCCCCCCCCCAGGAGAAGUCACUGAGAUCUCUCAGCCUGCCCUGCUGUGUGGAGAGCGGUGUGAGGUGGAGGUGGGGGCCAAGGGGCUGUUCCUGCCAUUUGGAAAUACUUGCCUCGUGUAGAUCCAGCCUUAAUGUUUUUCUGACAUCCUAGUGAUAGCAGACCCUGCACAAAGUGGAUAUCAGAGUUAAUACUGUGAGGAGACAAAAUAAUGGGAAUAGUUUUACCAAAGAUAAUGAAAUACCGCAUAAUGUCUGCAUUUUACCAUUGAUUUGAGUGCAUCCUUAGAAAACUGAAUGUAACAAAAACCCAGGACAUUUUUGGAAACUGUAUGCUCUCUAGCAACUGUGUGUGAAUUUUUAUACAAGCACUGUUUUAUGAGUUAUAUAAAAUGUUAUAAAAAUCGAAAAAAUGUGUUUGUAACAUCUUGUUUUCUUAGGGCACCCUUCUGUCAGAACCUGUGUCUGUCUGUCUUCCUGUGCGGCCUCCUCAACCCCUCCCAGGGGAGGGCGUGACCGCCCAGGGGGAUCCCAGCCUCUGGGGCUGCCAUGCUUGGCCCGUCAGGGCUACAGCUCACCCAGGAUUCCAGCUGGCCGCUGCUGAAUGAGAAGUCACCAAAUAAAUCCUAGCCCUUUCUACACA